CCUGCUCCACUCUAGGGUGGUGAUCUGAAUUUACACAAAAAUAUUAAUGCAAUUAGAGGACGCUCGCAAAAAUGUCGAUUCAGUGCAGGACGUGUGCGGACAACAUUUUCAAUCCAAAUGCCAAAAAUAUCUUCGAGCAAGAUGACAACGAGAUAUUACUUAACAUCGAGACGCUAACUGGAAUCCGGUUAUAUGAAGAAAGAAAUAUGCCCACACACAUUUGCACCUGUUGCCAUUUGGAGCUCUACCAUUCGAUGGUAUUUCGUGAGCGCUGCAUUAGAACGCAACAAUUCCUGAAGAACGGGAAGCCCAAGGCUAAGUUUGAUCCACUUAAAGCGGCGCACAAAGAUAUCCUUGUCGCAAAUGCUAGUGCAAACAGGCCGUUGUGCGUCAAAAUAAAGGACGAGCACAUAUCGAGUACAUCCGAUCCAACGGUCUCCAAUCAGCAAUAUUCUUCGCAAUGCCGCCUUUUACGUGGUCGCAAGCAGACACCGGAGAAUUGUAAAGAUUCCUAUGAUUCGAGUCCUGCUCAAGCGGCUUCAGUCGAAAUGACUCAGCAAAUUCCAGAGGAUAUGGUGAACCUCGAAGCGGCGGAUAGAUUUAAUGACUCGCCUACCAGUAGUUUACACAAUAGCACAUCAAUGGAUGAGUUGCAUAACGCCUUCGGCGAGAUUUCUGAUUUCCAAGAAGAAAUAUCCCCUGCUUCCAGUCCAAUGGAAGGAUCUUCCAUUGCCCCCCUCUCCUCAGCCCUGAAUGAUAGCGUUACGACCAAUACGAUAUCCAGCAGCAAGAAGGGCAAGAAAAUCAAUGCGAAACCUACGGCGGAUCCAAAGGUUUUCAUCUGUGACCUUUGCGGUCAUCAAUCUUCAAAUCAGAAGAACUUGCAGAUUCAUAUACUGCGCCACAAGGGCGAAAAGAACUUCGAAUGUGAAGAAUGUGGCCUGAAGCACUACUCCAAAUACUUAUUACAGCUGCAUAUUCGGGUUAAGCAUCGAGGAGAGAUGCCAUUUUCAUGUAGAUAUUGUGAGCAGCGCUUCUUUUCCGGCAGCACACGCCAACGCCACGAACAAGUUCGACACAUUAGAAGUUUUUCAUUUGAAUGCAAGGUUUGCGGCAAAAAGUAUCUAACUAAAUCAUGUUUGAAUAAACACGAAUUUCUGCACACAGGUUUUCGACCACAUCGUUGCGAUUUGUGCAAUGUGGCAUUUCCUCGGAAACCGGGCUUAAGGAUCCAUUGCCGCACAAAGCAGCAUCAGAAGAGGGCUAGCGAAGCCUUAAAUAAUCAACUUGAUGUCAUUAAACAGAUAACAGUUGCGGACGAUAUUCUAGUGUUUCCCGACUCGAUCAUAGAAGAACUCGAUGUGCAAACGGCGAUGGAUGAAGUUAUUUAGAGCCCACAAUUAAAAAGAUGUGCCCACAUUGACAGUCACACGUCGUUGUAGUGCAUCAGCUGUUAUGUUGCCAUUCACACUUUGAUUUCGAUAAUAGAAUCAUAUUAAAAAACCACCGCUGCCUAACUAUAAUAA